AUGGAGAGUCUCAAAUCACUCUUCGUUAAACCAGACCCCAAUGCCCAGAUGCGAAAAUGUAACGCCUUAAUACGAUCCAACAUCCGCAAGCUCGAGCGAGAUAUCAACCAAGUCAAGCAAGUCGAGGUCAAGACCAAGAACCUCAUCGUCCAAGCGGACCGACGAUCCCAACGGAACCCACAGCAAGCAAAACAGGCGCAACGAGAAGUGCGCGACUUCGCGAAGGAGUUGAUCCGGGCACGGCGCACAUCGGCGAGGCUAGUGACGUCCAAGGCGCAGCUGAGCAGCGUGCAGAUGCAAGUGAACGAGGCGUUUGCGGUGCGCAAGAUCGAGGGCAGCAUUCGGGCCAGCGUAGGCGUUAUGAAGGAUGUAAACAGCCUAAUCCGGCUACCGCAAUUGGCAGGAACCAUGCGUGAGCUAUCCCUCGAACUCAUGAAGGCUGGUGUCAUCGAGGAGAUGGUCGGUGAGAGUCUACCCGUGGACGAUAUGCUAGAAGAUGAAGAGGAGGAAGCCGAGGGCGAAGUCGAUAAAGUGUUGGGAGAGAUCCUCAAGGGCCGUAUGGAGAAGGCGGGCGCGACACCCAGCGCACCGCUACCAUCUCACCCCCAGGAACAGCCUGUCCAGCUGGAGGAAGACGAAGAGGAUCCAGAAGCUAUGAUGGACCAGAUGAGGAACAGAUUGGAGGCUCUCAGGAGCUAA